UCAGCUCGCGGCCCGGGGUGGAUGUGUUCGUGUGUUCGUUCCGUGGGGAACCUUCAAUUUAGUAACUCACCGAUUAUUCACUCUGCAGCUGAGCUGUUCGCGUAUGAAAUGGAAGAUGAGGUAGCACGAAAAAUCUGGUUCAGACAUUGGCCCCAACAUCUUGCAGCUUUUUUAGCCGCCCAGAGCACUACCUGCGCCGGGGCGGUGCUGGGCUGGACGUCGCCCGUGCUGCCGACGCUGCGUGACGUGACGCCCGAGCAGGCCUCGUGGGUCGCCUCGCUGACCCCGCUCGGGGCGCUGCUGGGCGCCGCGCUGGCAGGCUGGCUGGCCGACGCGCUCGGCCGCAAGAGGGCGAUACUGGCGACCGCUCUGCCCUUCUUCGCCGGGUCGCUCCUCACCGCCGUCUCGCGGUCGGCGCUGGUGCUGUACUGCGCGCGGUUCAUCUCGGGCCUGGCCAUUGGCGUCGCCACCACAGUGGUUCCCAUGUACAGCGAGGAGGUGGCUGAACCCAAACUUCGGGGCGCCCUCGGGGUGUACCUAGAGAUCACGCUCAACGUCGGCAUUCUCUGGUCCUACGUCGCCGGCUACGCUGUAUCAUACGUGUGGUUCACCGCCACUUCAACACUGCUGCCUGUCAUCUUCUUCUUCUCGUUUCUCUGGAUGCCUGAGUCGCCUGUUUACCUCAUGUCUACUGGUCGGGAGGAGGAUGCAGAAAGAUCGCUUCGGUGGUUGCGAGGAGCCAAGACACAGCAAACAAGUUCUUACACGACAGAACUAUCCCAAUUGAAGAAAACAUUUCUUACAGAAAAAGACUGCUCUGUUCACUUCAAAGGCAGACUCGUGCCACGCCUGGCAGACUUUGCGAGAAACAUUUCUCUGAGCAGCCCUACCUCGAAAGCAUGCUUCAUCAUAUUCGGUCUCAUUUUCUUCCAGCAAGCUGGCGGCAUAGACGCUGUCACGUUCUACGUGGUGAGCAUAUUACAAGAUGCCGGGACCGUCGUGUCUCCCUUCGCGUCGGGUGCCAUCGUCGGAGUCAUUCAGCUGCUCGCGAGUGGGGUUUCGUUCCUCACCGUGGAUCGUUUGGGUAGGCGAGUUCUCCUGUUGACUUCCCUCGUCUCUAUGUGCCUGAGUCAUUUUCUGCUGUCGCUGAAUUUCGCGCUCAAGGAAACUCUCGUUGACUCAAAGUUCUAUUCGUGGAUGCCCCUUUUCUCCAUGUGCGUUUAUUUCGUCACAUUUUCGCUUGGACUCGGGCCUUUGCCGUGGCUCAUGAUGGCAGAGCUGGCACCCACGGAAAGCAAGGAAGCCAUAGGCUCGGUCGCCAUCACUUUCUCGUGGACUCUGGCAUUUGUGGUCUCCAAGUUUUUCGGCUCUAUGUUUGAGCUGAUCGGUUCGCUCUUGACUUAUGCACUUUUCAGUGGCAUGUGCUUGUUAGGAACCAUUUUCGUGGCAUUUUUUGUUCCAGAAACAAAAGGAAAAACGAGAGAAGAGAUUGAGAAAUAUUUUUCUAAAGAUCCCAAUAUCAAAACACUAACAAUACUUUAAGUGCACUUGUUAUAGUAAUCUUGUGACUUUAAUGUUGAUGAAAGUUAUCAUUAACAUUCGUUUGAAUAUCGAAAGUGUUAGUAUCUCAGUUUUGUAAAAAAAACUUAUAAAUUAAAUAUGGUUUGCUACAUUGUUCAGAAAAAUCUUAAAUCUAAUAUAAAGAAGAAGGUAGUUUACAAAAUAGUUCUUGAAUUUUUUUGUGAAGUAGGUGAUUCAAAGAUGUAUCCUGGAGGAGUUGAAAAGGGGACGCAGCUACCCCCUUUCCAAAGUGAAAAAAAAAAAAAUUGAAGCUGUUGUUAUAAAAUUGGUGACAAGUCCUCACAAACUAUUAUUAAGUUUUUGAUAAAUUAUGUUUUCCCUUAACUGUUAAUGUUUAUAAUUGUAUGGCACAGUGGAUACUACUUCAUAUGAAGGAGGUUGAAUUCCGAAGAAAUGUCUCCUCUUCUGUUUAUAGCAGGUAUGAGGUAGAAUAUUUUUGAAGAUAAUAUGGCACAAAUUUAUUUAUCAACAUCAUUGUCACAAUCCAAUAGUGUGUCUUUGCAGACAGAGCUGUUGUGUUGAUAAUGUUAUACAAAUUUAUUACAUAUAAUAUUUACAA